UUAUCGCACCGCCUCCAGAGGGCGCUGCUCUCACUCGCUCGGUCAGAAGUCCAAACGCUGCGAAUUUCAUGCACUUGAAAGCAAACACCGAGCAGAUUAGAGCGAUUAGACACGGACUGGACAGCGAGGGUCGAUCACACCGACGAAGAGACCAUGUCCUCCGUUAAAGUGGAGUGCGUUGUGAAGGAGCCCAAUGAGAUCGGAGAGGGUCCCGUCUGGGAGGAGAAAGAUUCCACUCUCUUGUAUGUGGACAUCACUGGCCAGAAGAUCAGCAGGUGGAGCUCGUUGACCAAUCAAAUAGAGAGUAUGUCUACAGCUCACAGUAACUGGCCCGAAACACUGCCGGCCCACCAGGAAUUCUCCCGACUGUACCAAUCUCCCACUCUGGCUUUAGAGACAUUUGUGGGCUGUGUGGUCCCACGGAGGUCAGGAGGUUAUGUGAUUGGUGAGGGAACACACUUUGCUGCGGUGGACUGGCAGAAGCGCUCUAUCACCACUAUUGCUCAUGUGGACACGGACAAGAGCAAAACUCGCUUUAACGAUGGGAAGGUGGACCCCGCUGGAAGGUUCUUCGCAGGCACCAUGGGUCUCGAGGUGCGUCCGGCUGAGGUAGAGAAGAAGCAGGGUUCUCUGUAUAGCCUUCAAGCUGACCAUUCUGUCAUCAAACACUUCGACCAGGUGGACCUCUCCAAUGGACUGGAUUGGUCUCUGGACCAUCGCUACUUCUACUACAUAGACAGUCUGAAGUUCAUGUUGGAGGUCUUUGAUUAUGAUAUGCAGACUGGCGCCAUAUCUAAUAGGAGAACUGUAUACCAGCUUGAGAAGGAUGAAGGCAUUCCUGAUGGCAUGUGCAUUGAUGCAGAAGGCAAACUGUGGAUGGCCUGCUACAGUGGAGGAAGAGUGCUGCGCAUUGACCCGCAAACAGGUACCAGGCUGCAGACAGUGAAGCUGCCCGUUGCAAGAACAACCUCAUGCUGUUUUGGAGGGAAAGACUACACUGACCUGUAUGUCACCUCUGCUUAUAAAGGCAUGGACGAGGAAGCGCGGGCCCAACAGCCCCAAGCUGGCUGCAUUUUUAAGGUCUCUGGUUUAGGAGUGAAGGGAAUUCCUCCCAAUUCGUUUGCUGGCUGAGAUAUGAGAAUUCUGUGCACUGAACUGUUGCUCAGCCAAACAGAAUCACUGCACACAUCAAACUAGUGACGCCCUGAAUUUAAUGAGCGAUAUUUUGUUUAAUUGGAGAUGAAGAAUAUAUGAAAUCAUUACAGUUCUGAUUGAAUCUCAAAAGGGAGUCUUGUCUGUAACUGUGAUAUCCAUUUGUUUAGGAUUAAAGACUGUAGUGAUACUGAUGGACAAUGAAUCCAUAAUCAAGAAACGUUUCACGGUCAAGAUACAUGUGCGAAAGCACUUUAAGCCCACUAGAAUAUUAAAACAAGCAUAAUUUAAGAAACAGGGUGCUAUUAAUUCUAUGUGCUUGUAGAUGUUACUAAUGGAAAGCAUUACUAACCUAAUGCUUAGCAACAGGGAUGCAGGAAGUGGGAGUGCUGAGGGGGCUGUAGCACCAUCUGAUUAAUAAUAAUUAUAAAACAUCUUACAGUGAAGUUUGUAUUUUUAUACUUUAAAAACCUUUUUGUAGUCAUAAACUGUUUAAAACACCUUCCUGCUUCCCUGCUUAGUAAAAACUGUGAGUGAUUUAUGAUGAUGGAGUUUAUGAUGGUCCAGAAUAUCUUCAUUGUACAGUACACUGAUGGAAAAAUAAUGAGCUUUUAAAAUCUGUCUUGGACUUUCCUGUUUACAUUUAGUGCAGUAGUUAAAAUAUAUGUGAAAUAUGAUGUGAUAAGAAUAUGAAGAACGAUCUUGCCAUCUGUGCCAUAGGAACACUUUGUGUUGUUUCACUGUGUUGUGUCUCACUGGAUGGAGCAAUAAUCUUUUUUUAAUAAUUGAAAUUAAAAAAAUAAACAAAAGAAAACAAA